AUGGCCUCUAAACUUCUCUUUUUCUAUAUCCUUGUAUGUUUCCUCUAUUUUGCAACAAUCAAGGCACAAAACUCUCCAUUUUUUCUGCAGAGAAAUUGUUAUAACGACCUUACCACAACCCACAGCGUCUUCCAAAACAAUCUCAUGAGCCUACUUUCUUCCUUGUCUUCAAAAGCCACCGGAAACACUGAAUUCUACAACACCACAGUGACUGCUCUAAACCCCUCAGAUUCUGUCUAUGGAUUGUUCAUGUGCAGGGGGGAUGUGCCCUCUAUGGUAUGUCAUGAAUGCAUAAAUGAUGCAAUCCAGCAACUAUCCUCAUACUGUUCUUUCUCCAAACAAGCUGUGAUUUGGUACAACGAGUGCAUGCUUCGAUACUCCGACUACAACUUCUUUUCAACCGUGGAUAAGUCUGGUUUUUCCUUUACCAAUACAGCCAAUGUCUCGAACACGACAACCUUCAUUCCUUUAUUGUUAUCAUUCAUGAAUCAAACCGCAGAUGAAGCAGCGCGUCCACUUUCCGGUGUCAAGAUCAAAAAGUUUGCUACAAAUGAAACACGAGUUUCGGAAUUUGAAACCCUUUACUGUCUUGCUCAGUGCACGCAGGACUUGUCACCGGAUGAUUGCAGAGCCUGUCUAAGUAGUGCUAUUAAGGAGCUUCCAUUGUGCUGUAACGGAAAGGUGGGUGGGAGAUAUCUUUACCCGAGCUGUAAUGUUAGGUAUGAACUAUAUCCUUUUUAUAGGUCUAUUGAUGUUACUUCACCAAAUGAACUUGCUCCUCAAACAAAUGAAUCCAAACAAGAUGCAAAUUUUUCCCAAGAUCCAUUUUAUCUUUCCCAUAAUUGCUCGAGUAAGCACAAUACAAUCUCUUCCAAAAACUUGGAAUUACUUGUCACUGAUUUGUCAUCCAACGCCGCAAGCGGCUUAAAAUUUCAUACAUAUAAUGGGGACGACACGGUGUACGGCCUCUUCAUGUGUCGAGGCGACCUUCCACCUCAUCUCUGUGCUCCAUGUGUGAUAAGCGGAACGGAGCAAUUAAUAUACUCGAAGUGUCCUUCAUCAUCAGAGGGUAUAAUUUGGUACAGUCACUGCCUGGUUCGUUACUCGAGUCGGUAUAUCAUUAUUAAUAUGGAAACAAGGCCUAUGUACCGCGAUAUAAAUAUCACCAAUCACUCCAUCCCGGACCAAAAUUUGUUCGCGACUGCGUUAUCGAAUCAGUUAUCUGAACUUGCAAAUAAAACAGGAAACAGUGAUGGAAAAUAUUUGACAAAUUCAUUAAAGUUGAAUGAUAAACAAACCUUGUAUGCUCUUGAACAAUGUACGCCAAAUUUGUCGAGUGAGGAUUGCAUUUCGUGUUUAAAUGAUGUGAUCGGUAGAGCAAUUCCAUGGUCACUUUUGGGAAGUGUUGGUGGAAGAAUUAUAUAUCCUAGCUGCAAUCUCAGGUUUGAAUUGUUCCAAUUUUACAUGGAUGGGAUUCCUUCUCCAUUAUCAAGAAAUGCAGAGAAACGGACAAUUAUCUUCAUCGUUGGCUCAAUCAUUAUAUUGGCGAUCCUCUUUUCUAUUGGCUACUACUUUUUUAAGAGAAGGGGAAGAAAGAGUCGUAGGACUAUUCUUCGAGAAAAUUUUGGUGAAGAAAGUGCCAUUUUAGAACCAUUGCAAUUUGAUUGGAUGGUAAUUCAAGCAGCAACGAAUAACUUUUCUAUUGACAAUUAUAUUGGCAAAGGCGGGUUUGGAGAAGUUUAUAAGGGCAUCCUUUUUGAUGGACGAGAAGUAGCUAUAAAGAGACUUUCUGAAAGUUCUAAACAAGGCGUUGAGGAGUUUAAGAAUGAAGUUUUAUUGAUAGCCAAGCUUCAACAUAGAAAUCUAGUUACAUUUAUUGGGUUUUGCCUUGAACAACAUGAGAAAAUACUUAUUUAUGAGUUUGUACCCAACAAAAGUCUUGAUUACUUUUUAUUUGAUUUUCAACAGCAAAAGUCGUUAACCUGGAUUGAACGCUUUAACAUCAUAGGAGGAAUUGCUCGAGGAAUUCUUUAUUUGCACGAACAUUCACGACUCAAGGUUAUACACCGGGAUCUCAAGCCUAGCAAUAUUCUUUUAGAUGAAAAUAUGAUUCCUAAAAUUUCAGAUUUUGGUUUGGCUCGAAUUGUUGAAAUAAGUCAAGACGAAAGAAGUACCAAGAGAAUUGUCGGAACAUAUGGUUAUAUAUCUCCAGAGUAUGCAAUGCUUGGACAAUUUUCAGAAAAAUCAGAUGUUUAUAGUUUUGGAGUCAUGAUUUUAGAGAUUGUUUCUGGAAAAAAGAAUAUAAGUUCAUCUUCAUCACAAUCAAUUGUUAACGGUCUCUUGAAUUAUGUAUGGAGACAAUGGAUGGAUCAAACACCUUUAAGCAUAUUGGACCCAAAUAUCAAAGAAGAUUAUUCUAAAAGUGAAGUCAUCAAGUGUAUUCAGAUUGGUCUAUUAUGUGUUCAACAUGACCCUGAUGCAAGACCUUCAAUGGUGACAAUUGUCUCUUAUCUUAGCAGUUAUUCAAUUGAAUUACCAGCACCACAUGAACCUGCGUUUUUCUUACGUAGUAAUACUUAUUCAACAUCUCUUAUACAAGAAUCAAGUUCUACUCAAUCUGCUAAUGCCUAUAGCUCUUCUCUUUUGUCUACAAAUGAAAUGUCUACAAGUAUUUUUCUUCCUCGAUAG